UGGUGUGAACAUGUUUGAACUGCUGGAUGUUUUUAGUGUUUAUUUCUUUGCAGGUUUGUCCAGCCCAGCGAGAGGAUGCCGUAUUUCACACUGAAGCCAUGUCUGGUGCACUGAUUACUUUGUAGCUUUAGCAUUUGUGCAGAGCUGCAUGUGAAUUAACCCUGAUUAAAGCCCAGAGUACUCUCAUCACUGUGUGUAAGAUGCACGUCAACACAUACGUCAUUACUGGAGGCGGAGGAUAUCUCGGCUUCCGUCUUGCUUGCGCCCUCAGCAAGAAGUCCUUCAGAGUCGUCCUGUUUGAUGUGAGGCCGCCCAGUGAAGCAUUGCCCGAGGGCGUGGAGUUCAUCCAGGGCGACGUUCGGGAUUUCACACAGGUGGUAAAUGCACUGCGCGGCGCAGACUGCGUUUUCCACAUCGCAUCGUACGGGAUGUCCGGGAGAGAGCAACUCAACAGGAAGCUGAUUGAAGAGGUGAACGUUCAGGGGACGGAAAACGUUAUUCAGGCGUGUUUGGAUCUCUGUGUUCCUCGACUGGUCUACACCAGCACCUUCAAUGUGGUCUUCGGUGGCCAGGUCAUAAAGAAGGGCGAUGAAACACUUCCUUAUCUGCCUUUACACCUCCAUCCAGACCACUACUCCAGGACCAAGUCAAUGGCAGAAACACGGGUGCUAAAGGCUAAUGGAUCGCCCCUAGCGGGUGAACGUGGGGUCUUGCGCACUUGCGCCCUCCGUCCAGCUGGGAUUUACGGCCCGGGAGAGGAGAGACAUCUUCCCAGGAUUGUAGGAUACGUCAAGAGCGGCCUCUUUAGGUUUGUGUAUGGAGAUCCUGAGAGUCUAGUGGAGUUUGUCCAUGUUGAUAACCUAGUCUCUGCACAUGUGUUAGCCGCAGAAGCGCUAACGGAUAAACGUCAGCACCGUGCUGCUGGACAGGCUUACUUCAUCUCAGACGGCCGGCCAAUCAACAACUUUGAGUUCUUUAGGCCAUUAGUAGAAGGUCUUGGUUACUCUUUCCCCAAGCUCCGACUUCCACUUUCUCUCGUUUACUUCUUUGCGUUCCUCACAGAGAUUGUUCACGGCGCCAUCGGCCGCGUCUACAACUUUCAACCUCUUCUGACACGUGCUGAAGUUUAUAAGACUGGAGUCACACACUAUUUCAGUAUGGAGAAAGCCAAAGCCGAGCUCGGUUACAACCCCAAGGAGUAUGACCUGGGAGAAGUGGUGGAGUGGUUCAGGAGCAGAGGGCAUGGGAAAAAGCAAGUCACUUCACCCAUUAAAAAACUGAUCCUCGAUGUUGUGUUGUUUCUUAUCAUUGUGGCGUUGGUUCUCUCUUUCCUGCCAGUCGUGGGUCAAUAAAGUGAAAAAGCUUUCAGUAUGUCCAGUUCAAUUUUUCUAUAGAUUUGUAUUAAAAAUAAUAAAAUGUAAACAUUAUAUUUCUGUAAAAAAAAAAAGCAAUUUCCUGGAAAACCAAACAGGAACUAAAAACGUUCUGUUCAUGGAACGUUACGAGAACCAAAAAAAACAUUCCUAGAACGUUCUGGGAACCAAUAGUGGUUAGCUGACGUACACUUAUGAAUUUCUGUUGACCAAUCAGAACGCUAUAUGGCUUAAUGUUUUCUUUAGCUACCUUCUGAUGACUGAAUACACAGCACCAUGUACACACACACUACCUUAACUCUCCUUCAACCUGUACAAACUAAAGACUCUUAUGAAACAAGUCACAUGACAAGAACUUGACCAAUCAGAAUGAAGCAUUCUUAGGUACAAAUCUACAGUAUCCAGGGAGAGAAACUGUUUUGGAAAGCAUAAAUCUUUAGAGUAUCCACUUUGGACCAUCCAGUAUGUGUGUUUUGUGGCAGUGUGAUUGUUGUGCAACCUAUCAUUGUGUUUUAUCUGUAUUCACAAUUUUUAGCUUCGUCAAUAAAUUAACAUCAUACUGAAAUAUUUGGUUAACUUGGCUGAAGUGAGCUGAUUGACUCAUGUUGGAGUGUUUUUAUUGUUUUAGUAAUAAUAAAUGUGCUUUUUUUUUUUUGCAUUAAUUAAUACAACACCUCAUUCAUAUGUUCCAGCUGUCUGAACAAUUUUGAACUCAUCAUGGCCUAAUUAUUUAAUCUUUUUUUCCCUAAAUAUUUGGAUUAAAAGAAUUUGAAGGCUUGUAAUGUAAAGUGUGAAUGCAAAUGUUUUGAUUUAAAAUAUGUGGAGUGAAAAUGUUUUGUUCCUAAAUUGCCAGAUAAAUAAUGCUAAGUGCAAUACAGAGCAAAACUGAUUGUCAUUAUUAUUUUCUCCAUCAUCAAGCAGCUCUACUCUGACAGAUAAAUUGUUGAUAAAGGGGCGUUUGUGUAACAGGUGGCUGACAUGCGAUGUAAGUGUGUGGGUGUGUUCAGUGACAGGUGUGUGUAUUCUACAGAAGUACACAAAAGACCCACUUAGAAAUCCAUUUUUCUUCCAAAUUGCUGCCUCAUGGUGUGCUUUGUCUCGUGUUUACACUGACUUCAAAAGCUAUGAACGUAUUCAUUCUAAAGAUUACCCAAAGAGGGUGUUUUUUUUGUUUGUUUUUUU